AUGCCCGUCCUCUAUACCUCCACCCUCCUCUCUCUCUCCCUCCUCCACCCCCCGAGCAACCUCAACCACAACAACAACAACAACAAGCAUACCUCCUCAAACUCUUUCCGCUCUUUCUCCGCCUCCGCCGGCAACUUCUUCCGAAUGUUGAAACUCCUCCCCGCACUCUCCUCCGGCUGCAAAAUGGUCGCCCUCCUCAACCGCUCCGCCUCCAAAACCAACUUCCUCGCCGACCACGCGACCACCAUAACUCUCUUUGGCCACCGAAGAGGUAGAGUCACCCUCGCCAUCCAUGAAGACACUCGUUCUCCUCCCAUAUUCCUCAUAGAACUCCCCAUCCUCACCGCCUCUUUUCACAAGGAGAUGUCCUCUGGAGUAGUUAAGCUGGCGCUUGAAAGUGAGACAAUAUCGCAAAGAAAGAAGCUUAUGGAAGAGUAUGUUUGGGCGGUUUUCUGCAACGGGCGGAAGUCUGGGUAUUCGAUACGGAGGAAGCAUUCGCAGGCUUCCGAUGAUGAACGGCAGGUAAUGCAGCUGCUGCGCGGCGUUUCAAUGGGGGCCGGAGUGGUGCCGGCGGAGAAGGAAAAUGGUGUGGAGGGGGGGAUGACGUACAUGCGGGCGAGGUUUGAGAGGGUGGUGGGGUCUAAGGAUUCAGUGGCUUUGUAUAUGAUUAACCCGGAUGGGACGGGCGGGCCGGAGUUGAGCGUCUUUCUAAUCCGGGUCAAAUAAUAUAAAUUUUUUAUUGAUUAUAAAUAUGUAUUUUGAUAAAUAUUUGUAAUUUUGUGCAUUAACAUGAUGUUGUUUAAUGAUGGAGAUAUAUAAAUCAUAAGA